AUGGCUACGGCCGAAGCUGCAUCGAGACCCCAUGACCGACAUGCGCGCAAGCGACCCUUUGCGGGUUGGAUGAAGCGCCUGGCCAAUCUCAAGCCCUCAUCCUCCGACGCCCCAGGCAAGAAGGGCAACACCGUCAAGAAAGGCGCUCCAAAGAACAACCCCUAUCCUGAGUCUGGCUACAUCAACACCAACAUACCGCCCGCCGACAACUCGUCCGUCACGACCCCGGCCACAUUACGAUCGCACGACAGCUAUACGUCCAUAGAGGAGCCCGCGGCCGGACAGCGACAGGCGAUAGACAAGAGCAACAAGUCCACCGCCCCCACGGUAGCCACAGUCCCAGAGACAGUACACUCGUCAAGGUCAAAGGCGGAGACAGGCGGCAGCAACUUUGUCAACGGCGGCAGCACUUUCUCGUCCCCGCACGGCUCAGAGCACUCUCUCACCACCACCCUGACCACCAUACAAUCGACCGCGCCCUCGAAUAUCCUCAACCUCGGCCAAGCGCAACCCCAGAACAAUGCGACAACCACAAGCACCACGCCUGUGCACUUCUCGCACCAGUUCCCCACCUCCCCGCCGCCGUCAGCCAUACCGCCGCAUCUGGCGCCCCAGCAGCCGCAGCAGCAGCAGCCCAACUCAUAUCAGGGCGCCACCGCGAACAACAUCCUCACCGAUAACGCGUCCAUCCUUACACUCGCCUCAUCCUCGAAGCGCCGCCGUCGCAACUCCGUAGAUACCAAUGCCUCCAUGCGCGCACUAGCCCCAUCGUCGCAUUACGGCGGCAGUCGCGAAUCGCUGCCCCUCAGCGUACUAUCAGCGAACCCCGACGCCAUAUACUCGCCCUCCGGCAGGCCAAGCAACGUCAGCGCCUUCGUAAACGCCGAGCGCGCGAGCGUCUACUCUGCGUCUGGCGUCACAGCCCCAGUCCUGCCCAGCGAACGCAACAGCUACUACGCGACCAAGCAAGCCGACGGCCUGAGCGUGCGCAGCGGACUCCUUGGCCACGGCCGCACUGAUAGUAUCAGCAGCAUGCGCGCCACGCCCACCAGCCCGCUCGCCAGCCCCCGCGAAAACCCCAUGGGUCCCGCCCGCAUCAGCCGAAAGAGCUCAGAGUGGAAAGACGCGAGGGAAGCAAGCGACGAGGACGAGGCGCCAGCGAGCCCAAUCGUCGAAGAGCACGAAGAUAAACCCACACCGAACGCUCAGACCUGA